AGAAAAAAACUUAGCCAUAACGUCUCUUUCCUCUCCCUUUUUUCACUGAAGCUCGAGCUUUCAUCUCUUUGCUCACUGGCUCAAUCUCAAGCUCUCUCCCUCUCUCGUUUCCGGUCAAGCACUCAAGGUCCUUGUUGCUCUCCGUGUCAUCAGUCGUCACCAUCUUGUCAGUCGUCACCGUCUCGCACUCAGUCGCGCUUGCAUGCCUUCCUUGAGCUCGUCGUCGCUGGCGGAAGAAGCAGCUGGUAGGAGUUACUAGGGCUGUCGGCACAGAACAUGCAACACAGCAAUCCACUAUUGCAUACAAAGGCGGAUGCAGUGACGUUGAUGUAGGUAUGGCAGAGGCUGGAGGGGGAGCAAUUAAGCGGCGACAUAAGAAGCGUUUGAGUAUAGUUGAGGUAAACAAUGGUAUUGGAGCUUGUGAUGUUGAAAGGGAGGGUAUUGUUGAGUUGAAUCCCUUGGUGAACCUUAUCGGUGGUGACACACGUGUUCGGCAGGAGCGACACAAGACAGAUAACGAGGCAUAGGGACUGAGAGUUUAUGGACUCGAUCGGGUAAGAGUUGUUGAGCUUGUCGAAGACGAGAGUGUUGGAGGUACAAUGGAUCUUGUAGGCGGGGUCACCACAGGUUGGGUUGGUGCUUAGUGGGAAUGGGACAGUGGCAUUGGUGCACCGGGGGCAUGGGGUUGCUAGUGUCAUGUGAGGAGCACAUGAGAUGAAAAGAAGGGAUGAUAGAAGGAAGAGGAGGAGGUUGGUUGGGGAUAAGAGCAGGAGAUAUGUUUGUUUUGUAUUGGCAAAGAGCUGCUAGUUAUGGGCAGACUAGAAUAUUUGGCAUUUUGCAGUUUGUUGCUACAUAAUCAACACCAGCUCCUUGUCCUGCUGCUCAGGUUUAGAGAAAAAGUAUCUCCAAAAAGUGAGAAUUUGGCUACAACUUCUACUGACAACAUAGAUGCAAAGCCUGAAUUCAAGCCUAUCGACAGACAGGUGAAGGUCUUUUUUGCCAUUCCUAAAACUGUUGCAGCAAAAAUUGAGUUGCCAGAUGGAGUUGUACUUCAAGGUGUAUUUUCUCCAUGGAAACAAACUAUGACCCUCUAUGAGGUUUGGAGUUUGAGCUAAUACAUCUGGUAGUAGUCCAAUAGCGGACAAUUCCUCAGUUCACCAAAGCAGGGAAGAACAGUAAAACAUUGGAGGAUGAGGACUUGAUACCUUCAACUCUAAUUAACUAUCAGUUUAGUGUUUCAAGGCACUUGGUACCUUCAGCUCUAAUUAAGUUCUUAAGUGGAGGCAUUUUCUUUAUAAGUUUUCCCAGCUACCACUUGCCAGCAUCUGCCUUUUAGGCCACUUUUUCUUCUUUUGUAUUUUUCCUCAACAAAUGGGCUUUCUCACCUUUCAUCUGUAGUUUUUGGGCCCCAACUAAUUAACUAUUGCCUAUUACCAAUGCAUGUAAUAAAAAAAAUAAUUUGAUAUACCAAAUGAAAAAAAUUUAUAAUUUAAGCUUAG